AUGUUUGAAAUGUCAGAAGAAGGGCAUUCCAUGCUCUGGCCAAGGCUUGCGCUGCCGAUUCAGCAGCCACAUGGCCACAGCGGCUUCGCCUGCCUCCAGGGCAAAGAAGAAGAGUGCAUCGCGAACAUCACAAUCACCCGUACCAUCGAACCCAUCUUCGUCUUCAUCAACACCAUGUAUCGCUUCCUCUCCUUUAACCUUAGGGUCUCUAGUGGACCCAGCCGUUCAAGAGACCAUGGCUUUGGUGCCGUCUGUGACCACAUAGCCCCAGUCAUGGUAGUCCUUGACUUCGCGGGAAACGGGUAUCGAGAUGUCAUCUUGCCCCUAGCUAUGCAGAAUGAUGUGCUUCGGCGAGCGAUAUCCGUCGUGGCAGCUUUUCAUCUGGCGCAAAAGGCCCCGCACCUACAACACACGGCUCUGGCAGGACACCAAGCCAUUGUGCAAAAGUUGAGGCGAGACUCCCUCAUGCUCCGCCCAGAUCAACUCUUCACGCCCUACACCUGGGCCACGAUUGUUGUACUUCUCGUCGGCGAGACGAUCACGGGGGCUGACAACUUUGUCUACCUGCUCGAGAUGCUCACAUGCCUGCGGCAGUCUCCUGAAGCUAUCGCGGCGCUGCCUCUCGCCCUGAGGGACUUUUUUGUGCAGCAGGUCAAAAUGUUCGAGUUGUUCGGCUUUCCAUUAUCGGAUGAGACAAAAGGCCUCGAUGUCUUGCAGAAACCGCCCGAUAACUACAUGGACUUCAUCGCCUAUCCAUCCCUUUCCCCCGGCUCCGAGCUCCAGUCCAACGUGCAGAUAAUGCGAGGCGCCAUCCGAGAUGCCUGUGAGCUUUACAGGAGGCGCGCCCUUUCCUCACCAUCAACAGAGGACUCGGUAUCACUCGUCGAGUGGCUUCGCCAACGAGUUCUCCCACUAGAUGCCCACACCCCCGGUGCACAUGCGCUAGUGUGGCCCUACUUUAUCGCCGCGGCAGAAAGCAGUAUUCCAGAGCACCGCGAGUUUUUCUCGGGGCGACUGAAAGACCUUCACCAGUUUACGGGAUUCGGCAGCAUCACUACCGCCCUACAGGCUCUGGAAACGAUAUGGGCCAUGCAAGGGAUCAAAAGAUGGACUGAGAUCAUGUCGAAAGACUUCCAUGUGCUCGUCAUGUAG